AUGAACUCUCAAAGCAAGUAUGAAACAGCAAGAGUUAACAGCAUCCUUCUAAAAGCAAGAGAAACACCAAGAUUGAAACUAGCCAAGCUCAAAGCAAAGAAGAAACACCAAGAGAAACAUCAAGUCUGCAAAAGCAAAGAACACCAAGAGAAACAGCAAAGCUCUCGAAAAUGCAAGAGAAACACGCAAGAGAAACAGCAAGCUCAAAGCAAGAGAAAACCCAAGAGAACAGCAAGCUCAAAAGCAAGAGAAACACAAGAGAAAACAGCACCAUCAAAGCAAGAGAAACACCAAGGAGCAAACAGCAACCUCAAAAGCAAGAGAAACACCAAGAGAAACAGCCAUCAAAAGAGAACAAAACAGGAACCAAGCAGAACAGCAAAGCUCAAAACAGAGAACACAAGAAAACAGCAAGCUCAAAAGCAAGAGAAACAGAGAAACCAAAGCAAAAGCAAACAGCAAGGAAACUCAAAAGCAAGAGAAACAGCAAGAGGAAACAGCAACCUCAAAAGCAAAGAGAACACCAAGAGAAACGCAAACCCUCAACGCACAAGAAACACCAAAGAAACAGCAACCUCAAAAGCAAGAGAAACACCAGAGAGAAAACAGCAACCUCAAAGCAAGAGAAACACCAAGCAGAAAACAGCAGAGCUCAAAAAGCAAGAGAAACACAAGAGAAACAGCAACCUCAAAAGCAAUGAGAAACACCAAGAGAAACAGCAAGCUCAAAAGCAAGAGCAGAAAACAAAGGAAACACCUCAAGCUCAAAAGCUGAAGGAGAAACAGAGAAACAGCAAGCUCAAAAGCAAGAGAAACACCAAGAGAAACAGCAAGCUCAAGAGCAAGAGAAACACCAAGAGAAACAGCAAACCUCAAGAGCAAGAGAAACAGAGAAACACCAAAGCAAGAAAACAACCAAUAGAGAAAAAGGCAAGCUCAAAAGCAAGAGAAACACCAAGAGAAACAGCAAGCCUCAAAAGCAAAGAGAAACACCAGAGAAGCUCAAAAGCAAGAGAAAGCACCAAGAGAAACAGCAACCUCAAAAGCAAGAGAAAACCAAGAGAAAACCAAGCUCAAAAAGCAAGAGAAACACAAGAGAAACAGGCAAGCUCAAAGAGACAUCCAGAGAAACAAAGCUCAAAAGCAGAGAAACAGAGAACAUCAAGAAGAGAAACAGAGAAACAAGCUCAAAAAGCAGAGAAACACCAAGAGAAACAGCAAGCUCAAGAGCAAGAGAAACACCAAGAGAAACAGCAAGCUCAAAACAGCAAAACACCAAGAGAGAACAGCAAGCUCAAGCAAGAAGAAACACCACAGAGAAACACAACAACUCAAAAGCAAGAGAAACACAAAGAGAAACAGCAACUCAAAAGCAAGAGAACAACACAAGAGAACACAGCACAGCUCAAAAGCAAGAGAAACACCAAGAGAAACAGCAAGUCAAAAGCUCAAAAAUCAAGAGAAACACACUCAAAAGGAAACACCAAGAGAAACAGCAUCAAGAGCAAGAGAAACACCAAGAGAAACAGCAAGCUCAAAAGCAAGAGAAACACCAAGAGAAAACAGCAAGCUCAAGCAAGAGCAAACAUCAAGAGAAAGCAAGCUCAAAAGCAAAGAAGCAAGAGAAACAGCAAGCUCAAAAAGCAAGAGAAAGACAGCAAGAGAAACAGCAAACCAUCAAAAGCAAGAAAGAAACCAAGAGAAACAGCAACUCAAAAGCAAGAGAAACACCAAGAGAAACAGCAAGCUCAAAAGCAAGAGAAACAGCAAGAGAAACACCAAGAGAAACAACAAGCUCAAAGCAAGAGAAACAGCAAGAAGAAACAGCCAAGAGAAACAGCAAGCUCAAAAGCAAGAGAAACAGCAAGAGAAACACCAAGAGAUCAAAAGCAGAACAGCAAGCUCAAAGCAAGAGAAACACCAAGCAGAAGACAGCAAGCUCAAAAGCAAGAGAAAACACACCAAGAGAGGCAGCAGCUCAAAAGCAAGAAGAAACAGCAAGAGAAACAAAGCUCAAAAGAAGAGAACAUCAAAAGAAACGAGAGCCUCAAAAGCACCAGAGAAACAGCAAAGAGAAACAGCAACCUCAAAAGCAAGAGAAACACCUAA